AUGUAAUUAAGAAAUAGUCGAAAUAGGAAGAGUGUAGAUUACUAGGAAUCUCAAUUAAAAAGAUGUUUGGCUACUCAAAAAUCGGUGGGACAGAUUAAAUAAAAGCGAAGCCUUUCAAGAGAUUAUGAAAUUCAAAAAUCUCAUGUUUCCACCAAUCAUACAAACAAAAAAGCUAGUGAGAUAAUAAAACUAAAAGAUAUUCUGAAAUAGAAAGAUUUUAAUAAAUCUGAAUAGGAGAGCAAAGAAUUAAUUUAGAGUAACCCUUCCCCUUUUAAAAUUGAAUGUAGAACAAAUAAUUCUAGGUGUACUAAUUGCAACUGUAAGAAUGAAAUAGCAGAGGAUGAUUUAAUAUUAAAAUAGGAGAUACUAGGUCAUUUAGACAAAAUUCAUUAGAUAGUUUAAAAAAAUGAUAGGUUUCUGAGUCAUCGUUCAUAAUUAGAACUAAGAACAGAUAGCCUUUUAAAGAAGGAGAGAGCAAGCAUAGAUGGUAGGAUGAAAGAAAAUGAACAAGAAUUAAACUAGGAUAUUUUACGCAAUAGUAAAAAACAUAAUUUAAAUUAUAUCAUUGAAUAAUAACAGUAAUAAAUAUCAAAUAUGAAAUCUUAAUUGUCCAGUUAAGAAUAAAUGUAUAUAGAAAAGCAGUAAAAGUAUGAAUAAGACAUUUAAUAAUUGAAAAAUCAGAUUAUGUAAUUAUCAAAUGGAUUGGAGAAAAUGAAGGAGCAUUUUACUUACAAUCAAUUUAAAAAAUAGGAUAAUAGUAAUAAUAUUCAUCUAAAAAAAUGA